GUUGAUACGACCGAUGUGCAUUGCGUCUUCUGGAUCCCGGGGCCGAGCACAUCGUUUGUGGAGGCUGCGGGUGGCCGCGCAUCAUUCCUUGCGGUUAGGCAAUGGGGAUCGACAUCCACCGCAUGUGGUUCAGAAGACUAUCCGGGCAUCGCGUUGGGAACAGACCACGUCGAGGUGGCAGAUCAGGGUUACAGUAUGCAGAUAGGGGAAAGCCGCUGGUCCACGACGCGUCGCUGCUGUUCGUGUCCGCGAAUGAGUAACGGCGGCCGCGAU